CCCCCUCGCCCUAGGAUGGCCUGUCCUCUGUCCCUGGUCUCAGCUCAUCUGUGGCCCGAACUGAAGGACUGAGGUUAUGAGUCUAGCUGACCAUCUGAAAGAAAUCAUCCCAACCCGGCUUCCCUUCCCUCCUUAAUUAUCUCGCAAAGUGCAGAGUCCACAGGCCUUGGCUGACCUUGACUCUGAGGCACCCUCAGGCCCUCAACUGUGGAAGAAAUGUUGUCAAAGCUUCAGAGUUGCCUGAGUGUAGGAUUUUCCAAAACCCCAUCUUGAUGAUGUUGCCCUAGGAGAGAGAAGAAAUGACUGUGAAAUUCCCCAAGCCCAUAAAGGUGACAAAAUGGCCACUCCACAUGGUGAGGCAGGCAGACUCAGGUGCCCGGGGUAUAUAAAAGGGAUGGGCAGCGAGGGAGAGAGCAGAAUCCUUCUCUUCUUCCUCUGGCUUCGUCUCCUCCAGCCUAGAGUCACCAUGACCUGUGGAUCGUCUUGCUUUAGCUCCGGUAGCGGAGUCUGCAAAUCCAGCUCCUGUGUGACCACUCAGAGAUACAGUUCUGGCCGCACCUUCAGCUGUGCCUCAGCCUGCGGGCCCCGGUCCGGCCGCUGCUGCAUCACGGCCGCCCCCUACCGCGGCGUCUCCUGCUACCGUGGCCUCACCGGGGGCUUCGGCAGCCGCAGCGUCUGUGGGGGCUUCAGUGCCGGCUCCUCUGGUCGCAGCUUUGGAUACCGCUCUGGCGGUGUGUGCAGACCUAGCACACCCAGCAUCACCACCGUGUCGGUCAAUGAGAGCCUCCUGGCGCCCCUCAACCUGGAGAUCGACCCCACGGCUCAGCGUGUGAAGCAGGAGGAGAAGGAGCAGAUCAAGAGCCUCAACAACAGGUUCGCUGCCUUCAUCGACAAGGUGCGCUUCCUGGAGCAGCAGAACAAGCUGCUGGAGACCAAGCUGCAGUUCUACCAGAACCGCAAGUGCUGUGACAGCAACCUGGAGCCGCUGUUCAGUGGCUACAUUGAGACGCUGCGGCGGGAGGCCGAGCGAGUGGAGGCCGACAGCGGGAGGCUGGCCUCGGAGCUCAACCACGUGCAGGAGGUGCUGGAGGGCUACAAGAAGAAGUAUGAAGAGGAGGUCACCCUGAGGACUGCGGCAGAGAACGAGUUUGUCAUAGUCAAGCAGGAGGUGAAUAGUGCCUACGUGCGCAAGGGAGACCUGGAGGCCAACGCCCACAGCCUGGUGGAGGAGAUCGGCUUCCUGAGGACGCUGUAUGAGGAGGAGAUCCGUGUUCUCCAAGCCCACAUCUCGGACACCUCGGUCAUCGUCAAGAUGGACAACAGCCGGGACCUGAACCUGGACAGCAUCGUGGCCGAGAUCAAGGCUCACUACGACGACAUCGCCAGCCGCAGCCGGGCCGAGGCCGAGAGCUGGUACCGCACCAAGUUCGAGGAGAUAAAGGCCACGGUGGUCCGGCACGGGGAGACCCUGCGCCACACCAAGGAGGAGAUCAACGAGCUGAACCGCCUGAUCCAGAGGCUGACCACUGAGAUUGAGAAUGCCAAGCGCCAGAACUCCAAGCUGGAGGCCGCCGUGGCCGAGGCCGAGCAGCAGGGCGAGGCAGCCCUCAACGACGCCCGCAGCAAGCUGGCCGGGCUGGAGGAGGCCCUGCAGAAGGCCAAGCAGGACAUGGCCCUGCUGCUGAGGGAGUACCAGGAGGUGCUGAACUCCAAGCUGGGCCUGGACAUCGAGAUCGCCACCUAUAGGCGCCUGCUGGAAGGCGAGGAGCAGAGGCUGUGUGAUGGCGUCGGCGCUGUGAACAUCUGUGUGAGCAGCUCCCAGGGCGGAGUCGUCUGUGGGGACCUCUCAGCCACCCGCACCUGCGGCAUCAAGUCUCGUGGGGUGGGAGCCUGUGGCAGCAGCUCUAGGAAGUGUUAAGCUGGCAGGGCUUGAGGAAGCACCCAGGCCCCCAGCCCUCUCACGCUUCCCGAGGAUCCCAGCCGGCCCUUCUGCCCAACCUGACCACGUGCAGCCUGGUAGCGGGUGCAACUGCUCGAUCUCAGCCGGACCCAUCUUCCCUGCUGCCCGCUUCUCCUUUCUGGCUGUGCGGGAAUCCCCCUCCUUGUCUCCUGCCUCCCCCAGGCUGAGAGAGGCUGUUGGGAAGAGUGACACGUGGAGCUAUUCUGUUUGAGGAUUCUGGGCUGCUGAGCCCGUGAAGAGGACAGCCCCUCAGCACGCCCACCUUCCCCUUCUCCUGCCCUCUUGCUCCUCCCUUCCUUUCCCAUAUCUUCUUUUCCUCCUUGCUGUCUGUGCUUACAAUAAAGUCAUGUAGUUCCUGUCACGCUUGUCAAUC